UCAGUUUACUGAACGUAAUACACACAUCCGGACCGUCUUUGUUUACUUUCUUCUAUUUAGCAACUACUUUCUGAUUAUUUAACGCCUAAUAGAAAUUUUAAAUCGAGUUGAUUUUUGUUUAAUCUUUUAUGUUUCAAAUGGUGUCGUGUAGAUUGUUCAUUGUUGGUGUUUUGACCUUCAUAUGACCAUUUAUAUGUUAUUCAAAUUGAGAAAACCUAAAUUUUGAUAUAACAUACUAUUAUAAAAAGAUCUCACCAAUAUGUUUGAUAAUAUUUUUGGUGGUAUUGGAAAAGGCUGUGCCAGUCAUCCAUGGGAGGUGAUUGUGGGUGUUUUAACCAUCACGGCUUGUAUGCUAUCUAUGGACAAAACACCAGACCCAAUACUGUCAGCUGUUCCAAAUAUACCUCUGCAUAGUUCAAAAAUUGAUGAUGAAACACAUGCCAUAGAUGUAAUUUUUAUGACAUUGAUUAGAUGCAUUGCAGUUCUAUAUUGUUACUAUCAAUUUAAUAACCUUAGACAAUUAGAAUCUAAAUAUGUCUUGGGAAUAGCUGCUAUGUUCACUGUGUUUUCAACAUUUGUAUUUAGUACUAUUGUAAUUCAUUACUUAAAUGGAGAUUUAAAAGAUGCUAUGUUCCUGUUCCUAUUAGUAUUACUUGUAAACUUAAAAAAAGCUAGUCUAUUAGCACAAUUUGCAUUAAGUGGUUGUUCACAAUCUGAUGUCAUAAACAACAUAUCCAAAGGAAUGUCAUUGAUUGGUCCAUCAUUUUCAUUAGAUUCAAUUGUAUGUAGCUUGGUUAUUAGUGUUGGGAUGCUCUCAGGUGUUCAACGUCUAGAAACACUGUGCUUAUUCACUUGUAUGUCAUUUAUUGUAAAUUAUGUUGUAAUGAUGAGUUUUUAUCCAGCGUGUUUGUCACUUGUGUUAGAUUUAUUAAGAGGAGGAGACGAAAAUGGCAUGCCAUUUUGGGGUGAUAGGUCUCAAAUAACAGCUAUUUGUAAUGAUCACAAAACUGAUCCAAUCACGCAACGUGUGAAGGUGAUAAUGUCAGUUGGUGUUAUGAUUGUUCAUGCUCAGAGUCGUUGGGCAUUAAGUGGAAUGGAAACAGAGACUGAUAAUAUGCUUGGAAUUCAAGUUACAAAAUUUGCAGCUUUCAAUGAGACUGAAGAGAAUAAUCAACGUUCUGUUCAAAACUCUAUUAUACAUUGGAUGGCUAGUGGUGCUGAUCAUAUAGUUAUUUUAAUUCUUUUGCUGUCUAUGAUUGUGUGGUUUUGGUUUUUUGGUGAUCGAGAUGAAUUAGCGAAUCAUUUUGCAUCAGUAAACCAACCAUUAUUAUUUAACACAUCAACAGAAAAUGUACUUAUAAGAGAUGUAUUAAAAAUAACUCAACACUCAGAAAGUCAAACAGAUAAUUAUAUUCAAAAUAGUGAAUUGUUAGAUAAAAUAGUACAAACUGAUAUUGGAAAUAAUGAUGAACAUGAAAAAGAUUCUAUUUUAAGAUCAUUUGAUGAGUGCUUAUCAAUUUUUAAAACUCAGAAAUCUGCUGAAAAGUUAAAUGAUACUGAAGUUAUGAUGUUAAUAAAAAAAAAUUAUAUUAAACCCUAUAUGUUAGAAAAAUGUGUUAAUGAUCCUGAGCGAGGAGUUGGUUUAAGAAGAAAAGUUAUUUCUGAAGAAAAUAAUUUAGAAAAUGCUUUAAAAAAAUUGCCAUAUGUUGGUUAUGAUUAUUCAAAAGUAUUGGGAACAAAUUGUGAAAAUGUCAUAGGUUAUGUAGCAGUACCUGUAGGGGUAGCAGGACCUUUACUCGUAGAUGAUGUAUUUUAUCAAGUACCAAUGGCUACAACUGAAGGAUGCUUAGUUGCUAGUACUAAUAGAGGUUGUCGAGCUUUAACACUAUGUGGUGGAGUUGUAACAAGAGUAGUUGAUGAUGGUAUGACAAGAGGGCCUGUUGUUCGAUUUUCAUCAGUCACCACUGCUAGUGAAGCUAAGCUUUGGAUGGAUAAUCCAGAAAACUUCCAAAUUAUCAAGUCAGCAUUUGAUUCUACUAGCAGAUUUGCUAGACUGACCAAAUUAUUAGUUCGUAUUGCUGGUCGACAUUUAUUUAUUAGAUUUACUGCAUUUACUGGUGAUGCUAUGGGAAUGAAUAUGUUAUCAAAAGGAACAGAGGAAUCGCUUAAAGUUAUCGGAAUGUAUUUUCCAGAUAUGGAUGUCUUAAGUUUAAGUGGAAACUUUUGUUCAGAUAAAAAGCCAGCUGCAGUUAAUUGGAUUGAAGGUCGAGGAAAAUAUGUUGUUAGUGAAGCUGUUGUACCAUCUAAAAUCGUAACAGACGUAUUAAAAACUACAGUUAGAGCUUUAGUUGACGUUAACAUAAGUAAAAAUUUAAUGGGGUCAGCAAUUGCUGGUAGUAUUGGAGGAAAUAACGCUCAUGCUGCUAAUAUCGUUACAGCUAUCUAUAUAGCUACUGGACAGGAUCCAGCACAAAACGUUGCUAGUAGUAAUUGUAUGACAUUAAUGGAAGCUUUUGGAGAUGAUCUUUAUGUAUCAUGUACUAUGCCUUCUGUUGAAAUUGGUACUGUUGGGGGUGGAACAGCAUUGCCCGGUCAAUCUGCAUGUUUAGAAAUGCUAGGUGUUCGUGGGCCUAACUCUCAGUCACCUGGUGAAAAUGCCAAAAGACUAGCACGUAUUCUUUGUGCUACAGUUCUUGCAGGGGAAUUAUCACUUAUGUCUGCCUUAACAGCUGGCCAUUUAGUUCAAAGUCAUAUGGCUCAUAAUCGAUCAUCCACAACAAUCAGACCAGUCAUAAAUGCUUUAGAAACACAAUCAGCACUUAUACCAAAGUUUACAGACUGCCUAUCUAGAGUGACAUAAUUAUGAUUAUUUAUUUUAUUUGUACAAUUAUAUAUUUUAUAGAUAUUGAAUUUGUAAAUAAAUUUAAAAGUGUUUUAUUAUAGCAAAUAAUUCUGUGAUGA